AUGUCAACAACCACUGAAACAACAUCUACAACAACUCCAACAACUCAAUCAACAAACCCACCAAAAAUCCCACAAAUAGAAUCAAUCGCAAUAAUUGGUGCAGGCCCAGCAGGUUUAGCUUCAUUAUAUGAAUUCUUACAUACAACAAAAGAUGGUGAAUCAACAUUAACUAAUGCCAAAAACACUUACCAUGAAAAUAAAUUACCUUCAAACCCUGCUUUUUCUCGUAUUGUUGCUUUUGAAACUAAAGAUCAUGCUGGUGGGAUAUGGGCACCAGCUACUGAAAAAGCAGAUUUAAAUGUCCCACCACAAGAUAUUUUAAAUACUGAAAAUUAUAAUAAUCCUGAAAUUAUUAGACCAAGUAGAAAAUCACCAAAAGAUUUAUCACAAACUAAUGUUAAAAAUCCUUUAAAUGUUAAAGAUUCAACAAAUGGAUUAGAAAAUGAAUUAGAAUGGAAUAGAUCUGGUAUUUUUCAAUUUUUAUUUACUAAUAUUCCUCAAAGAUUUACUCGUUAUUCUUAUUUACCAGAUGAAAAAGAAUAUUAUUCUCAAAAUAGAACAAUUUAUCCAUUUUUAACUAACAAGGAAUUAGCAUCACGUUUUUCAAAUUUCAUUAAAGAUGAAAAUUUAUUAGAUCAUAUUAGAUUAAAUUCAGUUGUUGAAAAUGUUGUCAAGAAUGAGAAAACUGGGAAAUGGGAACUUAGUGUUAGACAUAAAUUAGAUAACGGCACUGAUGAAUGGUAUAAGGAAGAAUUUGACGCUGUUGUAGUUUCUAAUGGUCAUUACACAGUUCCUUAUUAUCCUCAUAUUAAAGGAUUAGCAGAGUUCAAUCAAAAUUUCCCAGAUAGUUUAUUACAUGUUAAAUCUUUUAGAAAUUUAGAUGAUUACAAAGAUAAGGAUGUUUUAGUAAUUGGUAAUUCAAUCUCAACUGCAAAUGCAGUACAAUACUUAGUUCCUUUAGCUAAAUCAGUUACUGUCUCCAAAAGAGGUGAACAUUUAGUUUUUAAAUACAUUAAUGAAGCCUUAAAAUCAGAAGGUAUAACUUCAAAACCUACUAUUGAGUAUAUUGAUCCUAAAACUGGUAAUUUCCAUUUCUCAGAUGGUACAAGUGGUAAAUUUGAUAAAAUUAUUUUUUCAACUGGUUAUCAUUAUCAUUUCCCAUUUUUUGGUAAAGAUUCAGAAUAUUUAAAAUUAAUCAAUCCAGGUAAUUUAUCAAGAGUUGAAGGACUUUAUCAUAAUACUUUUUUCCAAAAUGAUCCAACAUUAGGUACAGUAGGUAUAACUGUAUCACAAUUAAAUUUCCAUACAAUUGAAGCAAGUGCAGCUGCAUUAGCUGGUGUUUGGUCAGGUUCUAAACAACUUCCACCACAAGUUGAUCAAAAACAAUGGGAAAUUGAAACAGUUAAACAAAAAGGUGAUUCUUUACAUUUCCAUUAUUAUACUCAACAUACAGCUAAAGAAUUUGUAGAUGGUGUUGUUCCUUAUUUUGCUGACAAUAGAUAUAAUCCAUUAGAUGUUGAUGGUGAAUUUGUUCAAGAAGUUGAUAUUGGUGGUGAUUAUUUAGAGAAAUUAUUUUAUGGAUUGAAAGAAGGUAAAAUUAGUAUAAAUGACACUACUGAUAAUUUGGGUUCUAAAUCUUUAGAUGAAGCUUUGAAAACUAAGAAUCAAGGUGAGAAAAGUGAUCAGAAGGAUAAGAAAGAUGAUGUUCAAGUUGAUGUUGAAUCUGUUGUUGAUGGGGUUGAAGCUAUUGCUGUUUAA